AUGAGCGGCGUCCCUGCCUCGCCCAGCGCGCGUGAGCGCCGAGCGCCACGCAAGAGCGCGAUUCGCGCAACGCCGCAAGUGUUUGUGAGCCCGACGAGCCUGGGUCCGAAUCCCGAGCAUGCACAUAUUCGCAAAGGCCCGCACACCAGCACGAGCGAUAUCGAGCAGGCCGUCGAUGCCGCGGCCCGCGAGGCCCUGAUCGACGAGCGCCUCGCGUCGCCGGGCCUGCCGAACCCGUUUGCCGCGCUGUACCGCACAUCGCCGGUCAAGGCAGAGGCACACACGACGACGCUCGUGCCACCCCGCGACACUGACGCUGACGUAGAGCGCAAACGCCGCCGCGUCACGUUCAGCACCAUUGAGGAGCAGACGUACGUGCCCCGACUGACCCAGUGCAUUUGA